AUGGUGCAGGCUGAGAGCGUAGUCACGACGCACCUCAAGACUUCAGAGGUCACCAUCGACGUUCAGGAGGUCCCCAGCGCCACCAAGCCGUCGCUGCUGAUCCUCCACAACGAAGGAGAGGAGGAUAUUGUUGGCAUCUUCGCAGACGUACUGGGCCAGAAGUGGGAGUCCACCGCCUCCAUCGACGCUGUAAAGGCAGGGCCGAAGGAAACGGUGUAUGGACUGAAGGACGGACUCGCUGGAGCGCAACUGGAGGGCUGGGACCGUUCAAGACUGUUGAUCAACACACACCGUGUGGACGGAGGACAUGUCCUGGACGAGGCUCUCACCGAUCGCUGCGACUACGAAUACCUAUACACGCGCACACCGUUCUUUCGCCGCGACGUCUCGCGCUAUCUGUCUUUGAUCUUGGGGCAGAUUGCACCCCAUCGAGACCUGGCGAAGAAGGCGCGCACGACACUGAUCUCUACGACCUUCCCCGACGUACACGCCGCGCUGCCAAACCUCGAUAUUCUGUCCGUUGGCGCAGAUGCCAUAGAGAUCCGCGUGGAUCUGCUGGAGGAACCACUGGCAGGUGGGGGCGUCAGCAAGGUACCCAGCCUGAAAUACGUUGGAGAGCAGGUCAUGAUUCUGCGCCAGCGCACAGAACUGCCCAUCAUCUACACAACAAGAUGCACUAACGAGAACGGCCGAUUCCCCAUGGACGAUCCCAACCUCUUCUACAGAUAUUUGGCGCGCGCGAUACAAUGGGGUUGCGAGUAUAUUGAUGUGGAACUGUGGUUGCCAGAGGAGAUUAGGCGGAGGUUGGCAGAGAACAAGGGCUGCAGCAAAAUCAUCUCUGCGUUUCACGACUUCUCGGGCACGUUUCAGUGGACAGCGCCGGAGACACAAAGGCUCUUUGAACGAGGAGCGGUGUACGGAGACAUCGUCAAGAUGUACGCGCUAGUAAAUUCCAUGCAGGAAAAUUACGAGCUUGAGUACUUCCGGUCGACCAUCCAGACAAAGUACCCCCACCCACCCUUCUCUGGACUGAACAUGGGCCCUACUGGGCAGCUGUCGCGUACCAUGAACAAGAUCUUCACUCCGAUAACACACCCGUUGCUGCCAAUGAUUGCAGCGCCUGGCCAACUAAGCGCCGCGGAAAUCAAUGCAGCACUGCACACCAUGGGCCAGGUACCGAAACAAGACAUCUAUGGCAUCGGCAGCGUCCGAUCCACCUCGCAAGCCAUGUUCUUCGAGAAGUGCUUCAACGAGCUUAGCCUGCCGCAUUCCUUCAUGUUUGCGCCAAGAGCGCCAAAGGCCUCGAUCGAGCACAUAGUUCGACGUCCUAAUUUUGGAGGAGCCUACAUCAAUCCUCCCUUGGCUGCAUCUUCGGCUGCGUAUCUACCCUCGCUGUCCAAUGCUGCGCGGGCCAUUGGACAGGUUGACACGGUGCUGGUCCGCCCCGGUACUAGCAGCCCAUCCUUCAUCGGCGACAAUGCGAGGUGGAAGGGCAUUCGCGCGACACUGACCCGCGACUUUGUGCCGUCAGCAUAUAGCGGUGCAGCCGCACUGCUCCUCGCUAGCAACGAGGCUGACGCAUCGGCAUCCAUCUUCGCAUUGAAGAGUCUUGGAAUAGGGCCUAUCUAUACGAUAGGAUUCCGAUCAAGCGGGCCGUUGUCGACCGAUGUGCAGCCGGUACGGUCCGUAGAGGACGUGAAACGGCUAGAGCAGCCGUUUGUCAUCAUCUCGGCUCUUCCGGCCGAAAAGUCGCUGCUCGUGGUUCCUUUGUUGAAGCACUACAGGGUGGAUGGGCGUAAUGGCAGCACGGGCGGGCAUGGCAGCGCAGGAGGGAAGCCUGCAGGCAAGGUGUUCGUCGACUUGGCCAGUGGGCCCCGUAGAGCUGACCCACUGGCGAUUGCAACGUCGGCAGGAUGGACUGCAUACGGGAUUAGUGACGUCUCGGCGUGGACCACGGUCGAAACGCUCAGGCAGCUUGUUGGGCAGAACGUGUGCUACGAUUUCGUACGUUUAGCAUCUGGGAGGGGUCUCUUUUAG